AUGACUACUCUAGAGACGCCCCUCACUGAGGAUGCGGUUGAAACUCCGACCGAAGAGACCGUGAAAUGGCCCCUCCGAUAUCGAAUUCAUUUACCACAAGUCGUACCUGACCAAGGACUCGGUGGUGAGCCACCAAAGUUAUGGUGGAGUCAUAAGCUCUACCGAGGCCCUGAAGACCAGGCCGUUAAGAUACUGUACAGCAAGACAAAAUGGCAAUCUGAGGCCAUUGCAAAGCAAUUCCUCGACGAGCCAAUCCUAGGAUUCGACAUGGAAUGGCCUUGGGAGUCCGACAAGCAUACUCGACUGCAGGACAGGAUUGGGCUUAUACAAAUCGCAUGCGAAGACAAGGUUGCUCUGUUUCACAUCGGAGCCCAUGUUGGGACAACGUGUGACGACCUCAUCGCACCUUCGUUGAAGAAGAUUCUCGAAAGUCCGAACAUUACCAAGACGGGAGUCUCUGUUUUGAAUGCCGACUUCGCUCGACUGGUCAAGUUCUUCGACCUGAAGCCGCAAGGUGCUUUCGAGCUCAGUCACCUUUAUCGCUUAGUUGCUUUUGGAUCAGAAAAGCCUGAGCUCAUUACGAGGAGGCUUGUCAACCUUGCACAGCAAGUGGAAGAUCAUCUCGGUCUACCCUUGUGGAAGGGGAAGGUGAGAACGAGCAAUUGGAGCUACACCCUGAACCAGCAGCAGAUCACCUAUGCCGCAGGCGAUGCCUAUGCUUGCUUUAUGCUUUUCCACUGCAUGAACGCAAAAAGAAUGGGGAUGGACCCUGCUCCACCCUUACCCAUACAUGCAGACAAGUAUUCUUCAAUGAACUUAUCCUCCAUUAAGUUUGUACAUCUUGAGCCUGCAACAGAAGGGGGGGAUAUUACAACGCCUAUCGAGUUUUUCCGAGUCAAAGAGGAACCAGUGGCGAAUGAAGAAGAUGAGCCGGUUGAGGGCGAGACAAUUGCAGAGGAAGCAAAGGAAAAGAAACGAAAGCCAAAGCAACCCAAGGAACCCAAGAAACCGAAGGAAAAUAUUCCCAAAGAGCCACUAGAUGCGAUUUCUAGAGAGCUAUACGUGCAAUUGGCUGCUCGUCGGAUGGGCCUUUCCAGAUCCGAGAGAGUGUCGGCAUAUAUGGUUGCCCACAACACUGUCCUCGAAGAUCUCGCACGACAGCGACCGACUGAUAACGACGGCUUGCUUGAAAUCAAAGGUAUUGGAAAGAUGAAGCAGGAGAAGUAUGGAGCAGAGUGGCUUGAUGUCAUCACACAGUUUCUCGGCGCGAGGGGGAUUGGGCCACCCAAGCGAAUGGAAAACUGUCCUCAAGAGCCAAAGACCCCCGAAACAAGUCAAAGACGAAGGCCGAUUAUGACUACAGCUGACAACGGUGAUUCUUCCCUCUCAACCCCGGCACUUGGCUCUCACCUGGUUCGCACGCCACAGCUGCACACGGGCUUAUCGUUUCAACUAUCAGGAACGAGGCUUGACGCGCAAGAGGGCAAUGAAGGCGAUGACAGUGAUGAUUGCUCUACUGAAUUUUUCACGCCAGUCGAAAAACUGUCACAACUAAAACGCAAACGAUCUCCGAGUCCCCUCUCAGAAACAUCACCGACACUGAAACGGCGAUCCCCCAGCCCGUGUCACAAGAGGAACCCUCUCACAGCACCAACACUACAGGAGCCGCCGACCCCAAGGUCGAAAUUAUUCCAAAGCAAGCUACGCGCCUUUAGCAAGCGUGUGGCCUCAAAGCUCAAGUCGCCGCCUCUAAAUCCAAUUGUAUCAGAGGCGACUAUUCUUCUGAUUGUGUCUAAUCCACCCCGGACAAUAGAGGAAUUGUAUGGGAUACCUGGAAUAUCUAGCUUCGUGGAAGCAUGUGUAGAAACAGAGGUGGAUUUGUUGAAGAAUAUCACCAAAUUUGCACCACCCCGAUUCUAA